CUUUCCGAUGCUGCAUCCGCUCAAUGGGUCGGAUAUGAUGUUUGGCCUUAUGGUGAUUUUGGGUUCUCUGACUGUAAUUUUCAAAUCAGCUUCGGAACACCUGGAAGCGGAAUUUCUUUAAGUUGUUAUGGAAUAGACGGAACUAGUGAUAAUGGCGGCAAUGGCGGAAGUUCAAAUGGUGCUAAUGGUGCUAAUGGCAGCGAUGGUGUGGGUUCAAAUGGUGCUAAUGGUGCUAAUGGCAGCGAUGGUGUGGGUUCAAAUGGUGCUAAUGGUGCUAAUGGCGGCGAUGGUGUAGGUUCAAAUGGUGCUAAUGGUGCUAAUGGCAGCGAUGGUGUAGGUUCAAAUGGUGGAAAAGGUGGCAAUGGUGGAACUGGCAUCAAUGGUAUUGGUGGAAAUGGCGGAAAUGGUGGAAACGGCGGCGUUAAUACAAAUGGCGUAAAUGGCACCG